AAAACCGUCGACAUUCAUGGCAGUUAGCUAAAACUAAUUAGCAAAAGUCACUAACCGGAAAAUUGGAAUUAUUCGACGGGCACGCCGAUGGAAUACUAAAAUACUCUGAAGAUUAAACGAAAUUAUGGAGCUUCGUCUACUGUCAGUUUUUUUGCCAGUGGUUUUCGGCCAGAUUAAGCCCGACGUAUCGUUCGACCGAUCAAACGACAGGUUCGACCUGACGCCCAUGAUACAAGAGGCGUCGUAUGACCAGUGGGGCGAUGUUAUGGAUGGGGUGAGGCGGUCUGAUGGGUUAAGCAAGCCCAGCGCAGGCGACACCAGGGUAUCAGAAGCCACCAAGACGUUCAUGAAGGCCCUCAGACGCUUCCAACGGAACUUCGACUUCGAUACACCAGAGAACAGCGACAACGAGAAUCCUGGUGAAAGAGUACAGUUGAGGAGGGACCUCGUUAGUUAUUUGCAUGAAAACCAGCCGGAUAUGACCAGGCGCUCAGAUCAAUCAGAGAUAGACAGAGAGGUGCUGAUACAUCAUGCCGUCCCUAUCGUUAUGACGGUUGAAGGUAUAAUGCAAAUGCCUAAAAGUGAUAAAUAAAGUGAACUAAAACACAAA